AUGAAAAUUAGUCAAAAUAAAAAUGAUUUCAAACAUAAUCCUGGUACCAUAGAUCAAGUAUUUGCACCCGAAUAUUUUCAUAUUAUUUUUAGAUACCUCCUAAACAACAAAGAUUUACAUUCCUGCCUUUUGGUCAAUAAAUAUUGGGCUUCUUGUGCCGUACCAAUUUUAUGGGAAUCUCCUUUCAAAAUAAAUGAUAAAUUUAUUCCGUCUCCCAAAUUAAUUCGUACUUAUCUCACAUUUAUAGUGGUUGAGAAUUUUCACAAUUGUUCAACGGUUAAAAGGCCGCUUUACGAUUAUCCAUCGUUUCUAAAAGAACUUCCAUUUGAUCGAUUUCUUAAUGCUGCCAUUGCGAAUGGCUACCCUGAGGCAAAAAAUCAUUGA